CGGCCCUGAGAGCUUGUCGUCUCGGCCUGCAUCGCGAAGCCAGGCCGUGUCUCCUUCCUUGUCGUGACAUUGCACCUUGUCAUUGCUGUCUUGUCCAAGCUGUCCUCGGCAUCGUCUGUUCUGCUUUCUGUCCUCUCCCUCAGAAAUCGACAACCGCUGCACCUGACUUGCCUGUUUGCGCCUCUCUGCUCCUCUGCCCCCCCCCCCGCAAGACUGAAAGCCCGUCCCGUCUCCUCCCAAUCUCCCACGACAGACCCCGAUCCGUCGCGACUGGCCCGGCCCUCAGAAUGGGUGCGCAAUCGAAGCCGGAGAUUUCUGCUUGGGGACGUGCCGCCGCCGGAGCUACGGGCGCUGUACUUGCCAAUGCCCUCGUAUAUCCGCUUGACAUCGUCAAGACACGACUCCAGGUCCAGGUUAAGUCCAGUAAAGCAUCCGCCGGCCUCGACGACAGCCCGCAUUAUGCCUCUACUUGGGACGCCAUUACGCGUAUAGUCGCCGACGAUGGCAUCAGGGGCCUCUACGCCGGCAUGAACGGCUCCCUCAUCGGCGUGGCCUCCACAAACUUCGCCUACUUCUAUUGGUAUACAGUCGCCAGGUCCCUCUACAUCUCCUCGGCUUCGACCACAGCGCCGUCCAUGGCCAUCGAGCUCUCUCUUGGUGCCGUUGCUGGCGCUCUCGCCCAGCUCUUCACCAUUCCCGUCGCCGUCGUCACUACCCGCCAGCAAACGGCUCGCGCCAACGAACGCAAGGGACUUCUCGCCACAGCCAGUGAGGUUGUUCAGGGCCCUGAUGGAGUCUCGGGUCUCUGGAGGGGACUCAAGGCCAGUUUGGUUCUCGUCGUGAACCCUGCCAUCACAUAUGGCGCAUACGAGCGGCUACGCACCAUGUUCUUCCGCGGCAAGAGCAGUUUGCGGCCCUGGGAGGCCUUUAUCCUCGGCGCCAUGUCCAAGGCUCUUGCCACAAUUCUUACCCAGCCGCUCAUCGUCGCCAAGGUCGGCUUACAGUCUAAGCCGCCACCAGCCAGAAAUGGGAAGCCUUUCACAAGCUUCAUUGAGGUAAUGAACUUUAUUAUCGAGCACGAGGGUCCAAUGGCUCUCUUCAAGGGCAUUGGACCUCAGAUCUUCAAGGGCUUCCUGGUUCAAGGCAUCCUCAUGAUGACCAAGGAGAGAGUCGAGCUUCUCUUCGUUCUCUUCCUGCGCUACCUGAAGUCGCUCCCGAGGGCGCAGCUACAAAGGGCCGCUCAGGUCGCUUCGGCGGCAGCUCAGCAGGGUGCUCGGAAUGGCACGAUGACGAGGCCCUUGACGACCUCCUGAGACCAUUUGCCUAGGACACACGGCAGCGCUUUGCUUACUUUACAAAAUUUCAUGUCUUGGUAGAAGCUGCCUGGACGUGGCGCUGGGGGUUGUCUGUUGACUUAGUUCCCUCACCAUUCUGUUUUCUGUUUGGCUUUGAAUUGCACCAUUGGAUGAGGGUGGAGGUCGGCAUGUAUCGCAACGGAAUGGGGCAGCUGCAGAUAGACAGACGUAUAUAUGGCGGAUAGAUCCCAAUGCCAGAUACUACAUUAGAAUUGCUUCAAG